CCCACCCACCACCCCACCCCACCCCACCCCACCCCACCGGCGGAAGUUCCACGCGCUUGCCGGCCGAAUUGAUUCCAAGUCCAACUCGAGCUGUUCCCCAUCGCCAUUUCCCCUCCCCCUUCCCCGAACCCCAAAUCCCCACGCGAAUCCGCCAUGGCCUCCUCGCCGGGCCUCGCCGCCCUGCUGCUCCUCGCGCUCUUCGCCGGGCCGGCCGCAUCCCGCUUCGCCCCGGCGGACAACCACCUCAUCGCCUGCGGCGCGACGGGCCCGGUCCUCCUCCCAGACGGCCGCCGAUUCGUCCCGGACAACGGCUGCGCCUCCAUGACCCUCCGCUCCGCGGCCCCCGCCCUCCCGUCCGCCGCCCCCGACGCGCCCGCGCCGCCCUCCCCACUCCACGCCGCCGCGCGCGUCUUCUCCUGCCACGCCUCCUACGACCUCGCCGUCCGCCGCCGCGGGCACCACGUCCUCCGCCUCCACUUCUACCCCUUCUCCCCCGCCCUCGCCUCCGCGCGCUUCCACGUCGGCGCGGGGGGCUUCCUCCUCCUCCACAACUUCACCGCCUCGUCCCCCGUCGUCAAGGACUUCCUGCUCCCCGUGGACGCCGACGUCCUCGUCCUCACCUUCGUCCCCGAGGCCGGAUCCGCCGCCUUCGUCAACGCCAUCGAGCUCUUCUCGGCGCCCGAGGAGCUCGUCGGCGACAUCGGCACCCUCGUCGCCGCUGACGGCGUCAACCGCACCGACGGGCUCUCCUCGCAGGUCUUUGAGACGCUCUACCGGGUCAACGUCGCCGGCCGCAAGGUCACCCCGUUCAACGAUUCUCUGUGGCGGACGUGGGUCAACGACGAGGGCUUCCUCGUCGACAAGGAAUCAUCCAGUAGCAAGGCAUGGUCAUUCGGUGGCCGGAUUGCUUACCCCAAGGACAGCAGGUUGAUGACCCGGGAGGUGGCUCCGGACAACGUCUACAACUCGGCGAGAUCGGUGAGGUCCGACGGCAAUCUGACAUGGGAUUUCCCUGUGCCUGCUGGAAACCGGUACCUUGUGCGCAUGCACUUCUGUGACAUUGUGAGCAAGGCACUGUAUCAGCUCUACUUCAGUAUCUAUGUCAAUGAUCAUCUCGCAGUGAAGGAUUUUGACAUUUCCAGCACCACUGGAUACUUGGCCUAUCCGUAUUACAUCGACUAUGUUGUGGACGUUGAGGAUGAAGGGAUGCUGAAACUGGCCAUUGGUGGCUCGAAGAUGAGCCGACCUGGAGAAGCGAGCGGUUUCCUGAAUGGGCUCGAGAUAAUGAGGAUGAACAAAACUGGUGGUGGCAUGGACGGGGAUUUCCCGGGUGCUCUGGACAUGGAGUACCUAUUCAGCAAGGGGAUUGGGGAAUUUGCUCGGUCGCUGCUGUGUGGUUUAGUCUUUGCAGGGCUGUUUUUGGUUUUGGUCAUGCUGGUGAUGAGGUUGAGGACCGAGCUGAAAAAUAAUGGCACGCUUUGGUUCAGUCAGUCAAUGGAUUCUGGUGACGGAAAGUUGGCUAAAGCAUAUCAGCUUGUGCCCACCAAGACAGACUAUUGAGCAGCAUGAGAUUUGAGAAACUUCAAGUUCUGUCUCUUAUCUGUAUCUGAUGACCUGAUCUUGUGUUUCGGCUGUAAGUAUUGUAGUUUACUAGUUCUACAUUUCUACGCCUUUCAUGGUUGAAGUUUCAAUUGUUUGAACUUGGCCAGUGCAGAACACAACUAUUGUGUGUACUUAAGAAUUUAAGAUGUGUUUGUAUUGCUACUACUUCGCCUACCUCUAUCCAGUAAUUGAAAUAUGAUCGAAUA